AUGUCUCAUAUACCACCUCCGCAGCAUCAGAUUCACCAACAGCAACAACAGCAACAACAGCAACCACCUCCACAACCACAAGUCAAACCUAGAUCAAGUGCCAAUGCCAUACCAACUGUUUCUUAUUCACCCACAGAUAUAACGAUUCCUCCAACAUUAUAUGAUAAAAUACCAAACCUAAAAGAAUACAAAAGAUUGAAAGAAGCUGAAAGGAAAAUUGAUUUAUUGAUUGCUAGGAAGGCAUUAGAUUUUCAAGCUAUACAACAAAAAACAAUCCAUCCUUUUGAAUAUAAAACAAAUACAGGGGUUUUACGAGUAUUUAUAUUUAAUACAUGUGAGAAUCAACCAUGGCAACAACAAGAACAAUCCACUGAUCCUGAAAAGCAACCUACUUGGACCUUAAGGAUAGAAGGUAGAUACAUAAAAGAUAAAAACACAGAACCUGAUGAAAAUGCAGAAUUUAAAUUUAGUUCAUUCUUAUCUGGUAUAGCAGUUGAUCUUCUACCAAAUGAAAACUACCCAAAUAUUCAAGAAAAUAAUCAAAAUAUAAUAGAAUGGAGAGAUGAUGGUUCACAAAAUGUUAAUAGACAUCCAAAUAAUGUUGGAUUUGAUGGAAUGGAUAUUAAAAGACCAGGUAUAUUCAAUUUAAAAGUUAAAAUUGCAAUUAUGAUUAAAAGUUAUACUGCAAAAUUAAGAGUUACGGAUGAUUUAGCAAGAUUUAUGGGGAAAUUUGAAUGUACACAACAAGAAGUUAUGUAUACUAUUUGGCAAUACGCUUUACUGCAUAAACUUUUCAAAAAUACUUCAAAAUAUAUGCAUGUACCAGCUGUUGAAACAACUAGUAUAAACCCAGAACAAGAUCAAGAUAGUCAUGAUGAUUUAACAUUAACUCAAUGUGAUGAAAUUUUAUAUGAUCUUUUAAAAGUUUCAGAAUUUAGAUUUUCAGAUUUAUAUAGAUUAAUUCAACCACAUUUUAAACCAAGAGAACCUAUAAUUUUAGAUUAUGAAAUUGAUACAAGAAAAUCAACAACUUUAGGAGAUAUAAUUUUAGAUGUUCCAGUAGAAUUACCAGUUAAUUUAUCAAGAGCACAACAAGAAUUAUUAGAUCUUAAUAAAACAGCAUUUGAAAAUUUAUCUCAUCAUGAUACAAUAAUAGAAAAAUUGAAUCAAAAAAUUUCAUUAGCUAUAAUUGCUUUAAGAAAUGCAAAUUCAAGAGAAAAUUUUUAUAGUGAAUUAGCUAAAAAUCCCGUGGAAUUUAUUAAAAAAUGGGUUGAAACUCAAUCAGAAACUUUAAAAGCUUUAAAAAGUGAUGAAGGUUAUGAAGAAGAAAUUGUUAGAAGAGCUAAAUAUUUCGAAGAUAAUGAAGAUAUGAUUAAAGAAAAAAUCGAUUUAUUGUUCGGUGUAAAUAAAUUUUAG